GAAGACAGCUAGUUUUGGUCUGUGAUGAGGAGAUAACAUUCAGAGCAGCAAAGCCAUCAACAUUGCAGCACCAUAUUUAUUUCUCCAUCAGCAAAGAAGUCAGAGACUUCAUAUUUUGGCAUAAAAUUGAACAGAGACAGUCUUAAACCAUGGGAGACUACUUCGGGAGGAAACAAGGUCUGUAUCUUUUUCUUUUCCUCUGUCUUCCUGGAGCAUUAUGUGUUUCAAUUCACUAUUCUGUGCCUGAAGAAAAGAAAAGUGGGUCUUUGGUGGCUAAUGUAUUGAAGGACUUGAAACUGGGAACAGGGGAGCUGUCUGCUCGCAGAGCCCAGCUAGUGUCCAAAAGCACUAAGCAGUAUUUCCGCCUUGAUACCCACUCUGGGAAUCUGUUGAUAAAUGAUAAAAUAGACCGAGAGGCUUUAUGUGGCCAGACUGAACCUUGCUUACUUCUCUCCCAGAUUGUGCUGGAAAAUCCCUUAGAGCUCUACAGUAUUGUAAUUGAGAUAGUAGAUGUGAAUGACAACACUCCCAAAUUCUCUAAAAAUGAAUUUGAACUGGACAUUCCUGAAAUAGUUUCUACAAAUAUGCAUUUCCCCUUGGAAUCUGCGCAAGAUGAGGACCUAGGGAAAAAUAGCAUCCAAAACUACACCCUCAGUUCCAACGAGCAUUUCCAGCUUGAUGUUACAAACAAUGAGAGUGGGAGCAAGUAUGUGGAUCUUGUACUAAAGAAACCACUAGACAGGGAGAAAGACCCACAUUUUGAAUUGACUCUCAUGGCUUUGGAUGGAGGGGUCCCACAGAGAAUGGGUGCAGUUCGAAUAAGUAUUAAUGUUUUGGACAUCAAUGAUAAUUCCCCUCAGUUUACUCAGUCUGAAUAUAAAGUAAGGUUAAAAGAAAACAGUCCACAGGACACUCUGGUCGCCAAAGUGGAAGCCACAGAUUUGGAUUCUGGUUCAAAUGCGCAGAUUACCUACUCAUUCCACCGGGUGCCUGAAAAAAUAUACCAUUUGUUUCAUAUAAAUGAAAUCACUGGGGAAGUCACAGUUUGGGGGCAUGUUGAUUAUGAAGAAGAAAUCAAUUAUGACAUAAAUAUCAGGGCAACAGAUGGAGGGGGUCUUUCAGGGCACUGCAAGGUCCAGGUAGAGGUUGAGGAUGUGAAUGACAAUGCCCCAGAAGUGUCAAUCAUAUCCAGCACCAACACCAUACAAGAAGAUUCUCCCCUGGACACAGUGGUGGCCCUCUUUAGUGUCACAGACAGAGACUCUGGAGACAACGGAAAAACUUUGUGCUCAGUGGACAUAAAUCUUCCCUUUGUGUUAAAACCCACUAUGGAUAACUAUUACCAGCUUGUGGUCCAAGCUCCGCUGGACAGAGAGAAAGUUGCUAAAUAUAAUAUCACCAUCACAGCCAUUGAUCGGGGCUCUCCCAGGCUCACUUUAACAAGAAUUAUUAAUGUUCAGAUCUCGGAUGUCAAUGACAACCCUCCAGUAUUUGAAAAGUCUUCAUUUGAAAUGCCGAUACAGGAAAAUAAUAUCCCUGGAUUGCUAAUUGGCUCAGUCCAUGCUGCUGAUCUGGACAUGGAACGGAAUGCCAAACUCACCUACUCACUUUUGCCCGGGAAGAUUGCUGAUAGUCCUGUGGCCUCUUACAUCUCGGUCAACUCUAAAACUGGAAAUUUGUAUGCCCUCAGAUCUCUGGAUUACGAGCAGAUUAUGGAUUUCAAAGUGACAGUGAGGGCUACAGAUGGCGGGUCUCCUCCCUUGAGUUCAGAAGUUAUUGUCGAAUUUGUUGUCACAGAUGAAAACGAUAACGCCCCCUUCUUCCUCUACCCCCUUCAGAACAGUACAUCGCCCUGCAAUGAGCUGGUCCCCAAGUCAGCAGAGGCCGGUUACCUGGUGACCAAGGUGGUGGCUGUGGAUGGAGAUUCUGGUCAGAACUCCUGGCUUUCCUAUGAGUUGCUGAAGGCCACAGACCCUGGCCUAUUCAGUAUAGGAGCCCAGAAUGGAGAAGUGAGAACCAGGAGGCCCCUGAAUGAGCGAGACACAAGCAAGCAGAGACUCAUGAUAGUGGUGCGAGACAAUGGGCUCCCUCCCCAGACCAGCACUGCAAUGCUCAAUGUCCUUCCAGUGGAUGGCUUUUCAGAUCCUUACAUGAAGGCUGUGGAGGUUAGUAACCAAGAACACGAAGAAGAUGGGACCUUGACCUUGUCUUUGGUGAUCUGCCUGGCUGCAGUCUCCUUUGUGUUCCUAGUUUGCAUUGUUUCAUUUAUUGUCAUCAAGAUCUACAAGAAGGAUCCCAGGGGAAGUUUUAUUGCCGCACCUCCUCACUUCCCACCUGCCAGGCCUGAUAUUCCAGAAAACUGCACCGAUUCUCAGAGUGGGUCACUUUCCAGGAGUUACCACUAUGAUGUUUGCUUAACUGGUGGGUCCUUAAGCAGUGAGUUCAGAUUUCUCAGGCCCCUCAUUCCUGUUUUUUCUGUGGGGGACCCAAACAUCCCUGUGAACCACAGGAUGCCUUCUGGUUCCCAAGAUAUUCCUGAGCAGGUGGUGGAAAAAGAAUCAAGGGAACAGGUGAGAAAGAUCAGUUUUUUUAAUUACUCUAUGCACCAGCAAAAUUAA